CAAAUGAUGUAAGACACUCACCCUUCUUAUUAUUGUCUUCUAUUUAAGUGAAUUAAGGUUUGAGAGUUUCAACUAAAGUACUUGGAAGCCAUGGCAUCAACAUUAAUGGCAGCCACAGCAAGCACUGGCACUGUUCUUAAAACAACCCCUUUCCUUGGUCAAAGUAGGGGAACCAAUGCCAACCCUCUUAGAGAUGUUGUCUGUUUGGGAGCUGGGAAAUACACCAUGGGAAAUGAGUUGUGGUAUGGACCAGACAGAGUGAAAUACUUGGGACCCUUUUCAGCUCAAACCCCUUCAUACUUAACUGGAGAAUUCCCAGGUGAUUAUGGAUGGGACACUGCUGGUUUGUCUGCUGACCCUGAAGCAUUUGCCAAGAAUAGAGCUCUUGAGGUGAUUCAUGGACGUUGGGCUAUGCUUGGAGCACUAGGGUGCAUAACCCCUGAAGUGCUUGAAAAGUGGGUUAGAGUGGACUUCAAAGAACCAGUUUGGUUCAAAGCUGGAGCUCAGAUAUUCUCAGAAGGUGGCCUUGACUAUUUGGGGAACCCAAACCUUGUUCAUGCACAAAGCAUUCUAGCAGUGCUAGGAUUCCAAGUUGUUCUGAUGGGUCUUGUUGAAGGAUUCAGAAUCAAUGGCCUUCCUGGUGUAGGAGAGGGUAAUGACCUCUACCCUGGUGGUCAAUACUUUGACCCUCUUGGUCUUGCUGAUGACCCUGUCACUUUUGCUGAGCUCAAGGUUAAGGAGAUCAAGAAUGGAAGGUUGGCUAUGUUCUCCAUGUUUGGUUUCUUUGUUCAAGCCAUUGUCACUGGAAAAGGACCACUUGAGAACCUUUUGGAUCACCUUGAUAACCCUGUGGCUAAUAAUGCUUGGGUCUAUGCCACCAAGUUUGUGCCCGGUUCUUAAAAAAUGAUUUCCCUAUGUAUGCUUGUUUUUUUGUAUGAAUGGCAUGACAUGGAAAUUUCUUUGUAGAUUAUUAUUAUCAUAAUAUUUAUCAGUUUAGUGUACUUUUUUAUGUUCAUUUUAAACCAGGGAGAUCCCACGUUAAUCUGUUUGUACAAA